AUGGAAACAAUCCUUGUUCGAUUUAUAAUAAAUGCACUCAAAUGCAUUAGCGGGAAUCAGAAGGCAAUAGACUUGAAUGGAGCAAAGAUCCAAUAUCAGCAAGUAGAUAUCUGUGAGUCCACAGAAGGCGUCAGAACCUUCUCGGGAUAUAUUCACUUGCCAGUGGAUUCGUUACAGGCCGUGGGCUUGGAUCAACACCUUCCUAUCAACACGUUCUUUUGGUUUGCAGAAAGUAGAACGAAGCGCGACAAUGUGCCACUGAUCCUAUAUUUAAAUGGAGGCCCCGGUGUGACAACGUCCUUUCUGCGGGAAAAUGGUCCCUGUAGAGUUAAUGCCGAUAGUAGAACCACGCGCCUGAACCCGUGGUCAUGGAACUCUGAGUCCAAUAUUCUUUUCCUCGACCAGCCCGUUAAUACUGGUUUCAGCUUUGAUGUGCCUGUAAAUGGCACGAUCAACUUUCGAGGAGAGAAAUCGCCGCAAAUGCCUCAAUUUACCCAGAACAGCCGACUAAUUGAAGCAGCGACGAUUGGUAUAGGCUCAAUCAAUUCGAGUCACACAAUCAAUAACACUAACGGAGCAGUUCGCGCAAUCUGGUUAUCCCUUUCCACAUGGCUGCAAGACUUCACCCCGUUAUCCUCGAAACGAAACGAGUUGGGCAUCUGGACGGCUUCGUAUGGCGGUCAUUACGCCCCAGCACUCUACGACUUCACUAUGAGUCAGAAUCGUGCAAAAGCUGAAAGCACUUCUUUGCUGACUUCUCAAGUCCCUCGCAUUCGUAUUACCUCCAUAGGACUCGCGAAUGCAUGUGUCGAUGCAGCCACCCAAAUUCCCACGUACUUUGAAAUGGCGUAUAACAAUACAUACGGUCUUAGGUUGAUAAAUGAGAGUAGCUAUCGGUCUGCGAAACUAGCGUGGGAUAGUCCCGGUGGAUGUAAGGAACAGAUUGAAGAUUGUCGACGUGCAGCCAAUUCGAUCCAGUAUUUGGGAAACAACGCAUCGGCAAACACCAUCUGUCAUAACGCCAAUACGUUCUGUGGAAAACACAUCGCAAACAUAGUUUCGUCCAGCGGUAGAAAUAUUUUCGAUAUUGGACAGCGCACACACUUCCUAUCGGAUCCUACGUUACAUACCUACCUUGGAUAUUUGAGGCAGGACGAAGUGCAACGUGCACUCGGCGUACCGGUCAAUUUUACCGAUCAUGCGAUAGAUAUUGCACAUGCAUUCGCUGAAACCGGGGACAAUCUUCUUGGAGACUAUCUUGCAUCGCUGGGCAGGGCAUUAGAUGACGGCGUAAAGGUUUCUCUGAUGUAUGGAGAUCGUGAUUAUGCCUGCAAUUCCGUUGUAGUUGCAGCCAUUGCUGACGGAUGA